ACUGACCUUUGCCCAUUUGCCCCUGAUCAGUGUGGACACUUGGUCAGAGUGGAGGACAAAAUGGCUGAGGCACAGCCAGCUGUGGCGGAUGGCAAUCAGAAGCUGUUUCCCUGUGAAGUCUGUGGGAGACGCUUUGCAGCAGAUGUCCUGGAAAGACACGGACCAAUAUGUAAAAAACUAUUCAACAAAAAACGCAAACCCUUCAAUUCCUUGAAGCAAAGAUUACAGGGAACUGACAUUCCCACUGUGAUUAAGCCUCCUCAGUCCAAGGUUCAACCCGUGAGGAAAUCUAACUGGAGACAACAGCAUGAGGACUUCAUCAAUGCAAUUCGGUCAGCAAAAGAAUGCGCUCUAGCCAUAAAAGAGGGCAGGCCCCUUCCCCCUCCACCCCCUCCAACCAUCAACCCAGAUUAUAUUCAAUGCCCAUAUUGCAUGAGGAGGUUUAAUGAGACUGCUGCCCAGCGACACAUUAAUUUCUGCAAAGAUCAGUCCUCCAGACGCGUAUUCGAUCCAGCCCAAACAGCAGCUAGGCUGGCCUCCAGAGCGCAGGGUAAGGCCCCGGCAAGUCCCAGAAAACAGCCCACUGUUACAAGUGCUGUGGGAACGCUGCUGCAGAACAGGGCUGUGGAGACCAAGAAUGACGUCAUGGCCAGUUCAGACUGGCUUCCUGUUGCUCUGCAGCGUGGACAGUCGGGCAUCCAGAAACACCUACCACAGAAGGCCAGAAAUAUCUGUUCUCAUCUGCCAUCAUUAGAACAAGUGAUAGACGUUUAG